GUGGGUCAGGCGGCGCCCCCGCUCUCUGAUUCAUAUCGCGUGAUUUCUGAUGAUAGUUCUAGAUUAUAUCGAUGUAUUUCUGUUAUUGUACGGGGUGCACCGUUCUACUCAUGAGCACAAAAAAAAAAACAGCAGGCUAUUUCCGGUUAGGCUACCUUUCAAAGAUAAUGAAAGUGAAAGGGUAUUGUCAUACAUAGGCUAGAUAGGUUAACCUACACGACAUAUUGUUCUGCAGUCCCUAUACGUUUUCUUCAAGCAUGGAUAAAUUGAGAAAGAUAAAGACAGUUCUGACAGACAUCUUGUCAGUGGAAGCCAGUUUCAUCAUUCAGCAUGUACACCAGGCGGGCCUGGUGACUCCACGCGAAUACAGGAACCUGAACAAUAGCAGUAAAUUAAAUCCAGAAGAGUCCAUCAUCAGUCUGCUGGAUGCCCUCAUAUUCAAAGGAGGAGAUGAGAAAUGCACUAAAUUCCUGACCCUGUUGCAGCAUCCAGACAUCAGAUUAAACUUCCGCAAACUGGAAGAAAUCAAACACAUCGACAUAGCUCCGGCACCCAGUAGCCCAGCACCCCCAGACGCUGUCCCAACCUCUGCCUCCUCCACAGUCCACACCCAUCGCCCAACCACAUCAGGUUCAAACAUUCCAACUACUCCUGUGAAAAAGAAAAACCGGAGAAGUACCACUGCGUGUGGAACCAUCAAAGACGUUUCUGAGGUGAAGAAGGGGCAGACGGGGGGGAAAUACUUCCAAGCUGUUCUAAACCACGAGGAUGGGCCCAUGGUCAUUCUCAUUUUGGAUCUAGAGAAACGAAAAAUCUUUCUAGGAGCAGAGAAGAGAAGGUCUUCUGUAAAGUUGAAGAGUAUCUCAUUCGAGAAACUUGGAAUUAACAAGUACCAAGAGGGGAUAAAGUUCACAAACAAAUCCGAAUUGACUUACACAAGAGUCAAAAACACUACAAAGAUGGAACCCACUGCUGAUGAAAAAGAAUAAAAACAUUUUUAAAAAACUAGAAAGAAAUUUUAAGGGUGACCUACUGACCAGACCAGAGGCAAUUCAUUAACUACCUAGCCUACAUUAUGUAAAUACAGUGCCCUCAGAAAGUAUUCACACCUCUUAACUUUUUCCACAUUUAGUUGUAUUACAAGGUGGGAUUAAAAUUGAUUUGUCAUUUUUUGUCAGUGACGUUCACACAAUCCUCUGUAGUGUCAAAGUGGAAGAAAAAUUCUAACUUUUGUAUUAAAAAAAAAUACAUGAAAAAUACAACAUUAAUAUAUCUUGAUUGCAUAAGUAUUCAACCCCCUGAAUCAAUACAUGUUAAUAACUUCUGGCAGCAAUUACAGCUGUGAGUUUCUGGGUAAAUCUCUUAAGAGCUUUGCACACCUGGAUUAUACAAUAUUUGCACGUUAUUCUUAUUUUAAUUCUUCAAGCUCUGUCAAGUAGGUUGUUGAUCAUUGUUAGACAGCCAUUUUCAUGUCUUGCCAUAGGUUUUAAGCCAAUUUAAGUCAAAACUGUAACUAGGCCACUCAGGAACAUUCAAGGUCGUCUUGGUAAGCAACUCCAGUGUAUAUUUUGCAUUGUGUUUUAGGUUAGUGUCCUGCUGAAAGGUGAAUUUGUCUCCGAGUCUUAUGGAAAGCAGACUGAACCAGCUUUUCCUCUAGGAUUUUGCCUGUGCUGUCACGAAUUCCGCCGAAGUUGGUCCCUCUCCUUGUUCGGGCGGCAUUCGACGGUCGUCGUCACCGGUUUUCUAGUUGCCACCGAUCCACGUUUUCUUUUUCCAUUUGUUUUGUCUUCAUUGUACACACCUGAUUUCCAUUUCAUAAUUAUUGUUCCCUAUUUAACCCUCUGGUUUCCCCAUUGGUUUUGUGCGUGUUUGUUCUGUGUUAAGCUGUCGCGUAUAUUUGUGAGCUGAGUUAGUUUCCCUGCGUGGAAUAUUUUGUUGAGUAAAGACCUUUAUUACUCAUUCUCGGUGUCCUGUGCCUGACUCCGUCCCUCCUGCUGCUCAUUGACAUGUGCUUAGCUCUAUUUCGUUUCUUGUUAUUAAAAAAAAAACUCCUUAGUCCUUGCCCGAUGACAAGCAAGCCACCACCAUGCUUGAAAAUAUUAAGAGUGGUACUCAAUGAUGUGUUGUGUUAGAUUUGCCGCGAACAUAACACUUUAUAUUUAGGACAUAAAGUUAAUUUCUUUUCCACAUUUUUUGCAGUUUUACUUUAGUGCUUUAUUGCAAACAGGAUGUAUGUUUUAGCUUGUACAAAAUAAAAUAUUCUUUCUUCUUUUCACUCUGUAAUUUAGGUUAUUUUUGUGGAAUAACUACAAUGUUGUUGAUACAUCCUCAGUUUUCGCUUAUCACAGUCAUUAAACUCUGUAACUGUUUCAAAGUUACCAUUGGCCUCAUGGUGAAGUCCCUGAGUGGUUUCCUUCCUCUCCGGCAACUGAGUUAGGAAGGAAGGACGCCUGUAUAUUUGUAGUGACUGGGUGUAUUGAUUCACCAUCCAAACUGUAAUAAAUAACUUUGCCAUACUCAAAGGUAUAUUCAAUAUCUGUCUUUAGGGAUAUUCAAUAUCUGUCUUUCACAUUUUUACCAAUAGGUGCCUUUCUUUGCGAGGCAUUGGAAAACCUCCAACUUAUUAUGUGACUUGUUUAAUUCGGAACUUAUUUAGGCUUGCCAUAACAAACACUUAUUGACUCAAGACAUUUCAGCUGUUAAUUUUUUAUUAAUUUGCAACAUUUUUGAAAAUGUUGAGAAAAAAACGAUUCCACUUUGACAUUAUGGGGUAUUAGGUGUCGACCAAUGAUACAACAUCUCAAUUUAAUCAAUAUUAAAGGCUGUAGCACAACAAAAUAUAGAAAAAGUCAAGGGGUGUGAAUACUUUCUGAAGGCACUGUAUAUAUUUGUGUAUUUCAAGUAGCCAUUAGAGUUCCACACUUCCCGUAGGGCUUAGAACUCCACAAUGAUGAUACCAAUCACCAUAUCAAACCACUUGCCUAAUAAUGUGUAGCCCACUGCAGCUCAAAGAAAAUGUAGUAGCUACAGGUCAACUCUGUAUUAGCAUAUUUUUUGUGAAAUAAUUAUUCCAACACAGAAUAACUAUUCCAACAAAGUAGUAGCCUACUGUUUUUACAAAAUCACUAUUGAACUAGUGCUGAAUACCCAUAGGCAGUUUUUAAAAAUGUAAUGUCUUCUCUUUACCACAAGAUGGUACCACAAGAUGGGUGUUGAAAGGUCCAUUUGAUUUGGCUGAACCACUAGGGACCUCACCUGCUGUGGACACUGUUCAAUAUUGGUUUUACUGUAACACCAGUUGGUUCAGCAUUCAUCUAAUUCACCAUUCUGAGGUUCUAGUUCUAAGUCUCUCUUUUUGUUAUGGAUCCUUUUUUUAACGUGCUGUAUUUUCUCUACGUAAUGCACAUUUCUGUGAACAACAGACUAUAAAGUAAUAUCUAAUCUAAA